AUGGACUUCGAUCUGUCGGCGUCCUCCGUGACGGAGGCGCUGGGUGAUCUUCAGCUGAAGCUGCAGUCAGUGCAGGAGGAUGCAAAGCUGUACUCAGCCCUAGAGAAGAAGGCCAGCAGCAGCUUCGAGCGACACCGCGCGGAGCUUACGCUGCUGCUGCAGAAGGAGCGGGCCAUUCACGCCGCCGCGGAGGAUCGACUGCGCGACGAGUUGCAGCGUCUGUUGUCGGAGAACGAAAGCGCCAACGAACAGCUGACGUCGCUGCGGUUGCAGCGAGAGCGGAGCUGUCGCGCGGAGGUGCAGGCACGGCAGAAGCAGCUGGAGGAGCGGGAGGAGGCAUUACAGCGUAGGCUGUUGGAGCUGCAGGUUCAAUUCAAGGCCGCACGCACCGACGUCGAUCUCGCGAAGCAGGAGAAGGCGUGGCACGAGAUGCAGCUGCGCGAGGUGUUGGGGCGGCAGCGGGUGCUCAACGAGGAAUUGCAGCAGCUUCGAUGUGAGGCGGAGCGUCAGCACGCACGCGCAGCGGCAGAAGCCCAGCUACAGGACCGACAGAGCCGGAGGCAGGGCCUACACUGCGGCCUGGAGAAGGCGUUUCUCCCCUCUGGGCUACCCGACCAGUGCCACACCACCUCGCCCUCCUCGCACCACAUUGCGGCGAUUGUGUCAACGGUGGAGCGGCAGAACUACUACAAGCCCCGUCUGUAUUACCGACGCCGCGGUAUCACGUCUCCGAUGGAUAGACGACUAGAGAGCCCGCUACGCUGCGGCAUGAGUACAUCCGGCGAGACGCAACCGAUGCCGCUUCUGCGGCCAUGUUUGUCGUCAAUGGCGUUUGUGGCCAGGGAGAAAACGGGGGUGACGUCAUCAUCGCCCUCCACGCCGUUGCGGCACGUGGUGGAAGGCAACGCCACACCAGAGUUGUCGAGCCAUACUGGGACGAAAAGUGGGCGCCAUCUCGCAGCGGUUUGUCGCUCGUUGCUUCGCGAGAUUCUUGCGAUGCGGCGGGAGUACCAGGACUGCAAUGCGGCACUGAAUGACCCUCUGGCGGACACGGUGGAGCUGAGCCGUCGCAUGCGUAACAUCAUGAAUGAAUUAGACCGCAAGGUGCAUCAGCUUCGCAGUCUGCGGCAGCAGCAGGCAGCGGUGGAGGACAAACUGAAGUUACAUGACAUGAUGCUGGAAAUUGCGGCAGAGAACAACUAUUGUGAGAGCAUCUAUGGUGACCUGCUCGAGCUUAUUCGUUCCUAA